ACACAGACUCAGCCAACAGUUCGUCGCGUACCGCCACUCGGGGCGCCUGUGUACCGACUUUUGUGCCGCGUUUUAUAGACACUUGCAUUAUCGCCAUACAAAUGCAUAACAUCGCUGUUAUAACGAUAUUUUAGGAGAGUGCCACUAUUUUUAACGUGCAACCCGACAGUGUGCAUCCUGGCUCGUCCUUCUCGCCAAUGUUAUCUCGGAUCAUCCGUGGAACGAGGAAUAAACAUAGCACUUCGGAGCGAGAAGUGUUCGUGGCGCUGGCUCGCAGCCAACCUCCACACGCCUGCUGAUGACGCAAUAAAUUGUGAUGCUGACACGCACAGGGCCCUACAGAAAAACGCGUCCUAGAGGACGACGAAGGACGUUGUAGUUAAAGCAUAUUUUUUCUAAUAACAAGUGCCUAAAUCGCUAUAAUAAUGUUGAACAACCGUCGCAACUUUGUGUUUAGAGUGAGUAUUGUGAUCAACAUCGCCGUACUAUUGUACGCUGCGAUGCAUCUGUCCAGCAAUAGCACGACUGGCGUGGAUUGGGUGCCGAUGACUGUGGAUGGGUCGGAGAGGAGCGCCGAAUUUCGCUAUUUAAAUAGAGAAGAAAUGCGUAAUUAUACAGACACGAGACCUCCAGAUUCUAGCGUCCGGAUAUUGGAAGAGUCUACCUCACAGAAGACACCGUCCACAAUGCCAACGACGAACAAAACCGCUUCGAGCACGGCUUCGUUGCCGGAUUUAGAGAAGAAGUUAACUGGACUAGCCGAUGCUGAAACGUCGAAUGUGACUGUGCUUGAAAUAGAUGAUGAGGAUGCUUUAAAUCCGAUGACUCUGGCGUACCUUAGGACGUUAUUACAGUGCAACGACAAGGAUAUGCCAGCGCAAACGUUACAACGCGGUGAAUAUUGGGUGCUUAAAAAUUUCGUGCGCGCGGACCAUGGUUUUAUACAGUGUCACGAAUCUAUAACUUAUACCACUCAUGCUGGUUUCGAGUUUCUUGACAACGUGCAGCCUCUUGUUGAAAGAUGGAUGGCCCCAGUGAGUCUGGCUAUUCACGCGCCCGGAGCGGACAUGGCUCCCACAGUGAACAGCAUCAGAUACCUGCGCGACUGCUUGGGGAACGACCUCAUCAAGCAAUUCGUCACUUUCCACGUGUUCUUCUCACACAAACACGUACCCAGCAGUAUACCAAAUCCGGAUACAUUCCUCCAAACACCAUACAACUGCACGGUAAAACCACCAUACGACGUCAACGCCAACUCGACAUACAUGAAAGCGAAGAGCCUCCUCUACCCAGUGAAUGUUGCCAGGAACGUAGCCAGAGAAGCAGCCGUCACACACUUCAUACUGCCGUCAGAUAUCGAGCUAUAUCCUAGUCCUAAUUUAGUGCCCAGAUUCCUAAACAUGAUUGCCAGGAACGCUAAACCGUUGAGCACCUCUUCUAAGCCCAGAGUCUUCCCAAUAAGCAUAUUUGAAGUCGGUGCCAAAGUACAAGUGCCAUCAACGAAGACGGAGCUGCAAGCGAUGCUGAAGAACAAAACUGCGAUACCGUUCCACAAGUUCGUGUGCCCCAACUGCCACAACAUACCUCAGGGACAGCAGUGGAUCAACUCCUCGGAAACUAGCCAAAUGGACGUGUUUCACGUCGGCAAGCGACGUGGGAAGUUCGUGCAUUGGGAGCCCAUCUUCAUUGGAACCCAUCAAGACCCCUACUACGACGAGCGACUCAGUUGGGAGGGCAAACAGGAUAAGAUGACGCAGGGAUACAUCCUCUGCGUGAAAGACUACGACUUCAUGAUACUGAACAACGCGUUCCUCAUUCACAAGCCCGGCAUCAAGCACUACGUCAAGAACACUAAGAGAGACACACUGGCUAGUCGGCAGUCAUUGUAUAUAAAGAACAUUAUAAUGCCCCAGCUUAAAACCUUAUUUGGUAAAAGGAACGGUUGUGCACUUUAAGCACAAAUAUUGAACCAACUACCAGCUACUUUUUAUAGCUCCAGACAAGACAUACUAUUAACAUGUGCCUAAAUUUUACUAGCCUGACCAGAAAUAAGAAAAACCUGAAUUAAGGGUGCCAUAAGUAUUUUUCAGCUAUAUGUGCUGGCUUAUCAUGGGAAAUCUUUUCCCGGUUAGACCGGAUGGGGGUAUGGACCUUAAGGAAACCUUCUUGCCCUGGGUAGGGCACAAGAAAAUUUGUUAUCCCGACAUUUGAUCUACGUACCCUCUUUCGUGUGUAACGUCUUACUUUGGCUAUGGGUCCUGUCCAGUAAUGUCAAAUCCAAGAACCCUGCGCGAUCGUGUGUUUUAUAAUCCUAUCUACUAAUGUAAGAAUGUAGUUCCUUUUUUCCGUAACAAGGCUAGUAUUUCAUAUUUUCUGGUCAGACUAAAACUAUGGCCAGGUAAGAUUUCACAUGGUCAUGUAUCUUACGUUUGAGAAAUCGUACCAAUUUAAACAGCGCACAGUUAUUUUAAGACUGUCUUUAAUAUUUAUAAAUGCGAGUUGUUGGCAUCACUGUGCCUUGCAAAGCAAUUAGUAAUUAAUAAAAUGAGAGCAAACGAACAGGAAUAGACCCAUAGAUUAUUGGUCUCGUAACUCGUAGUUCAUUAGAGAAGAAAUAAUUUAUAGUGCCACAAUCUUAUCACGCCCUGUGAGGGUGUCGCUAUUAAUGCGCUUUUAGUAUAAUGUUUUCCAAAAUUGUUCCAGUUAUGGCCACUGGGUCAAAAAAGUUCGUGGCACUUGCUAAAUUCUUGAAGACACAGUGUUGCCAACAAUAUCAACAGGGUGUGUACAUCCGCCUGAUUUUUAUAGACCUUUACAUUUUGUCGACGUUUGGCCUAAAAAUUUUACGUCUUCUUUUUAAAUUACAGUAAAAGCUCCUUAUUCACGCUUCCUUUAUUCGCGGAUUAAAAAAAUGCGUCCCAAUUCCUAUAUUCGCGGAAGUGACUGACGAAACUGACGUUAAAUCUGCAAACUUGAACUUUAACUUGCAAAUACCUAUUGCCGAAAUUGCGAAUGGUUUAAAAAUGCCACUGCUUAAAAUCACUUUUAAGAAAUGUCAAGCAAGAUAUAAUUUCAAAAUUCUUCAAACCAUUGACUAAGGCUGAAGAUAAUAGUUAAUCAAUAACUUCAAUUAAUUAUUUUUUCUUUAUAUAUUUGUUUUAUAUUUUGUCACCCAAGAACGUAUCAUUCAUAAUCCCAUAUAAAAUACCAUUCCAUAUUCACGGUUUCUGUAUUCGUGACACAUUUAGAGAACAUAUCCCCCGCCAAUAAUGAGCUUUUACUGUAACAUUAAAGGUCAAGAAUUACUUUUCCGCUUGCACUCUACAGAAAUAGGAAAUAAAAUGAUUUCCUAACAUAGAAAAUAUGAUUUAAGGUAAGAUUUUUGGGCCACACGACGGUGAUUAGACGAUUCGGAACGAUACAUAUCAAAUUAUAUAAACUAUUUUACUCGUAUUUAAAAUUAUCGUAGACGAUAUUACUCAGUGAUUAAUCGAAUCCGUGUCAGUAUCUGUCGGCUUUUUAAAAGUACAACUUUUACAGUUUAAUGAAAUAAAUUUUGGUCGAUACCAAAGCAAAUCGGAAUCUAAAUGUCAAAGGCAUUUCAAGAUACAAGCAAAUAGAAAAUUGGUUAAUAAUAAAUGAUAAAAUGUCCAAUUCAAGUUUACCUACCCACUAUAGCUUGACAACUUCGUUAAUGACACUCCCAUGAUAUGCGAGCGACGGGGGGGAAGGACUGCGCGGGUGUGAAGUCGUGCGCGCGGAGCAUCGCUACCCUCCCGGUUCGCGUGGACCAUCGGGAGUGUCACGAAUUUGCCAAGGCAUACCUAAUCUUUUAAAGAUAUUUUUAAUCGGAUUUUCCGGAGAUCAACGGGUAGACUUGUAAAGCUAGAAACGCAGUGCCUGUAAGUUGAUAAUAUUGAUAAUUGUAUUUUUCAACACAAUAUAACAUAACACCAACUAAAAUUAAUACAUAAAUAGUAAAACCGAAUUUCCUACACUGUUCUUCCUACACGGGGCCUAACUUUAACAAUUAAUCGAUUUUCUUUUUAAUCAUAAGUUCUUAUCUAAAAUGUAAAUAAUAUGAUAUUAUAGUCUGGGAUCCGUAAAACAUUUUUUACAACUGAUUACUAUCAAAUUAAUUUUUCAUGAGUACCUUCAUCUCGAGGAGACGAUCAACUUUUUUUGUUUACGAAAAUUCUUGAUUCUGGUAUCAGGGAAUAAAAAAUUCUGACAAUCGGAACGAGAUAACGUACUACGCAAAUUCUAGGACAUUGUGGCUGAUAAGUUGUAUAACUAAUAAUUAAGCAACAGUGAAAAAAACAGCUGAGCUGGUUGGUAUCAACUUUUAAAAACCUCGUUAUUGAUACAAGCUGGGAGGAGGGUAGUUUACCAAAACUUGUUACUCACUAGAUGUUUUUUUUACUUUUGCUUAAUUAAUAGUUAUACAACUUAACUUAAAAGUGAUAGUAAAAAAUGUUCUACGGAUCCCUGAUUAAUAUUUCUUGCUGUUCUUUAUGUUCUACUUAAAGUAAUCUGGUUGAUAUGGUGCAAAUUGUUCAUAUCAUUUUAUUUUUGACCCAAUUUUAUAUAAGUUUAACUUCGCUUUUAAUUUGUAAGUGUAUCUUAUGCUUUUUCUACGUGUCAGCCAACGAAAACCAAAACAGGCCAUUUUUCAUUAAAUUAAAACAAAUGCAUCAUUUGACUGGUUACUUCAUACGUCGCCUGUUUUCCCAAAGUUACUCUGACAUAUAGAUGAAGCAUGAAAUUGAUAUAAAUGUAGCCUAUUUUUAUAUAUUUUUAAAAUAUAAACGAUUCCUGAUAUGCAUUUUAAUUUAGUUAAUGUUAAACAGUGUGAACUAGUUAUUAGUAUGUAUAAACGUAAAACUAUAUUUAGCGUACCAUAUAAUUCGGAUAAGUUGGCUAUGGAAAUGUAAAAAUGUGUUGGUCCGGACUGACAAGAGCUAAUACACACAGUUAUAGACAAUGCUCGUAGAGUCUCUCUAUGGUUUAAUAUAGAUAACUACAAAAUCUAUUCGUAAGGAGUUUAAAGAACACUUAUUGAAAUAAGGUCCGUUUAAUUCAUAUUUGGAUUAAUUAAAAAAAUGCAAGCAUAGGAUAUAAAACCCUAAAUAUCGAAAUUCGAGACGACUGAAUAAAUAUAAAAACUAUACAGAAAACCUGAUUUUUGUGUAAGCAAAUGAAUCAAGUCGAAAAAGUGUAAUUAGUUCCGAUAUGUGUCAGUCUAGACGCAACCUAAGUCAACGUAACGUUUGUGUAUAUGUAAAUUGUUUUUACCUAACACAUAAAACACACACUGCAUGUGUCCAUAUGUCUAUGAUGGGAUGUGUUACUGAAAAGCGUAGAUAAAGAAGUCAAUAGACAAUUGUUUGAUGUGCCGUUACAUGUCACAAUAGGUACCUACGAUUUGACAUUCCAAAACACUAAACUAAAACAUUUUUAACCAGAAUAAUAUUAUAAGGUACCUAUAAUUUGCAAUAUGGUGAGAAUGUAGUUUCAAAUACCUUUGGCUAUGUGGUCAAUGGUUGUUAUGCAUGGACCCCGUCACCAAAUUGGAUCUUCUUGUCUCGUUCUAUUAUUUUUAUAUUUUUUCUGGUUUAAUUUUUUUACGGUUGAUCUUUUCACAUGUCUAUUCUAUAUACUUUUCUGUCUACGCUGCAAUACACAAGCACAAUGUCGGUACCUAUGUGUUGAGGUGCCAAUUAAAAAUAAUUUAUAAAUAUACAGUAAGAUAAGUACCAUGUAAAUUACCCCUAUAUACGAGUACAUAUACCUAAUGUAAUGUGCAGCCAACUUUGAUAUGGAUGUUCAAAGUUUAUAUACCUGCCUGCCUGAAAUAGUUUUUAGUAUUAAUUCGAUGAGCCUUACGGUUACUGGUGAUGAUUAUUUAAUGCUUAGUGAUAAAACUCACCACGUUCGGGAUUAUUUAAGUUUUAGCUGUAGUUUAAUGUUAUUCUCAGUAUCUUCUAUACCUAUAGUGUUAGUUUCCUGCUUUAUUAUAAUUUAGCAUAUUUUUUUAUUCAUAUUCCUAAGACCUAAGUUAUUUGUUCUAAUUUAUAUUAUUAGCAAAAUUUGUACCUAAUUGACGAUUGACAGGCAUAAACCUUGUUUUUUUGAAAGCCUCUGUUGUUAAAGUUUAUUAAAACAAAAGUUUAUAAAAUCGUUCUUUGAAUAGCACAACUACCAAACUUAUUAUUUUCAUAAUAUAAAAAAAUUAAAAUAACUUAGGCUUCUUGUAUCUUUACUUAAUGUAGUUACAUGUAUUUAUUUUACUUUAAUCCUUAAGAAUUUCUCUGUCUAAAUCUUUAAGUGCGUAGUCUACUAUCUAGUUAAGUUACAUUAUAUUUGGGGUAUUGGUUCUGGUAUACGCAUGUGGUGGGUUUUCACUUAAAAGGCAAAAGUGCCUAAUAGGUUUAAGUGCAAUAAAUAUAUAAUUAAAACCUGUAAACAGUCUUUGAAUGUGAUCAUUUAUAAAAAUGUAUUUAUCGACAUGUACUAGUUUUUUAAGUAGUCUGCUAAAUUAAGAAUUUUACCUUGAUGUGAAAACUUUCAUAAAAGUCUACAUGUAAUUGGAAAUAAAAAAAAUUAAAAUUUU